AAAUAUAAGUUAAUAUGAUGUAUCAAUUGGUACUCCUCGCUUCGGCAGCCAUCUUCGUUGGAGCUCACACUCACACACACACUCACACCCACGAUGAACCCCCUGUACCUCACUCAGAAGGUCCACUCCGUGGAGUAGCUCGCCUGGCUAGUCCUGAUGGCCGUGAUGUUCACGGUAACGUGACUUUCACCCAGCUGGAUGGCAAGGUUGAAAUAAAGGGAAGGAUCUAUGGUAUGCCACCUGGUGAAUACGGAUUCCAUAUCCAUGAGACCGGAGAUAUCACUAACGGUUGCCUCUCGGCUGGAGCACAUUUCAACCCUGACAAGAAGGACCAUGGUCACCCUGAAGACGAAAACCGUCAUGUUGGUGACCUCGGCAACGUGGAGUUCGACAACGAGCAGCUCAGUAACAUUGACUUCACUGACAGCGUGAUAGCUCUCUACGGAUCCCACAACAUCAUUGGCAGGGCUGUCGUGCUUCACGCGAUGGCAGACGACUUCGGCAGAUCGGACCACCCUGACUCGAAGAAGACUGGCAACGCUGGCGGUCGCGUUGCUUGCGGCGUUAUCGGAAUUUUGUAAUUGUUUCAUAUAGACUAAAAUAAUCUCUCUUUAUUUUAUAAGAUGAUUCAGCUCAAUAUUGUUAAUAAAGAUUUUUAUUCGA